AUGCUGCUGGACGCCGGCCCGCAGUUCCCGGCCCUCGGCGUGGGCACGUUCGCCCGGCACCACCACCACCACCACUCGGCCGCCGAGAUGCAGGACCGGGAGCUGAGCCUGGCGGCGCAGAACGGCUUCGUGGACUCGGCGGCGGCGCACAUGGGAGCCUUCAAGCUCAACGCCGGCGCCCACGACCUCUCCCCCGGGCAGAGCUCGGCGUUCACGUCGCAGGCUCCCGGGUACCCCGCCGCAGCCCUGGGGCCCCACGCCGCCCACGUCGGCUCGUACUCCGGGGCGCCCUUCAACUCCCCCCGGGACUUCUUGUUUCGCAGCCGGGGCUUCGGGGAGUCGGCGGCGGCCGGAGGGCAGCACGGCAUCUUCGGGCCGGCGGCCGGCGGCCUGCACCACCCGCACACGGACGCUCAGAGCCACCUCCUGUUCCCCGGCAUCCACGAGCAGCACGGCCCCCACGCCUCGCAGAACGUCCUCAACGGGCAGAUGCGGCUCGGCUUGCCCGGGGAGGUGUUCGCCCGCUCGGAUCAGUACCGGCAGGUCUCCAGCCCCAGGACUGACCCCUACUCGGCGGCUCAGCUGCACAACCAGUACGGCCCCAUGAAUAUGAACAUGGGCAUGAACAUGGCAGCCCACCACCACCACCACCCCGGUGCCUUUUUCCGCUACAUGCGGCAGCAGUGCAUCAAGCAAGAGCUGAUCUGCAAGUGGAUCGACCCCGAGCAGCUGAACAACCCCAAAAAAAGUUGCAAUAAAACUUUCAGCACCAUGCACGAGUUGGUCACCCACGUCUCGGUGGAGCACGUUGGGGGCCCCGAGCAGAGCAACCACGUCUGCUACUGGGAGGAGUGUCCCCGCGAAGGCAAGCCCUUCAAAGCGAAAUACAAACUGGUCAAUCACAUCCGAGUGCACACGGGAGAGAAGCCCUUCCCCUGCCCCUUCCCCGGCUGCGGGAAAGUUUUCGCCAGGUCGGAAAACCUCAAAAUUCACAAAAGGACGCACACAGGGGAGAAGCCCUUCCAGUGCGAGUUCGAGGGCUGCGACCGGCGCUUCGCCAACAGCAGCGACAGGAAGAAGCACAUGCACGUCCACACGUCGGACAAGCCCUACCUGUGCAAGAUGUGCGACAAGUCCUACACGCACCCCAGCUCCCUGCGCAAGCACAUGAAGGUGCACGAGUCGUCCCCGCAAGGCUCCGAGUCCUCGCCGGCCGCCAGCUCCGGCUACGAGUCCUCCACGCCCCCGGGGCUGGUGUCCCCCAGCGCCGAGCCGCAGAGCUCCACCAACCUCUCCCCGGCGGCGGCGGCGGCGGCGGCGGCGGCGGCGGCGGCGGCUGCGGCCGUGUCCGCCGUGCACCGGGGCGGCGGCGGCGGCGGAGGAGGCAGCGGCGGCGGAGGCAGCGGCGGCGGAGGCCACAGCGGCCUCUCGUCCAACUUCAACGAGUGGUACGUCUGA